GCAUCUGUGAGAGAGAGAUAUGAUUCCUCCUCCUCCUCUUCAACGUUUCCGAUUUCCCUGCUGCUGCUGCAUUAGAGUUUUACGCCUCCUCAAUUACUCUUCACAAUCCGGUAACCAUCCUCCUCUUCCUUUUGACCUCUCACACGCCUCCAUUCUCAUCACAAACCAACACUGGCACGCCCUCAAAACCCUAACCAACUCAACCACAACCACCCCUAACACCUUUCUCCAACUACUCUACGACUCCAACGCCCCCUACGACGUCCUUCUCCCCUACUUCAAAUGGUCCCAACAAGAGUAUCAAAUAUCCCACUCACUUGAACACUACUGCAAGCUAUUUUACAUUUUAGCCAAUGCUAACAAAUACAACAAAAUUAGAUCUUUGUUAGAUAACCCAGGUGCUGUUAGUAACUACUCGUCUUCUUCCAUUCUUAUUAUGCUCGAAAGAACCUGCAAUAAUGUUUGCGCUAAUUCGAUUAUUGUUGAUUUGUUAGUCUUAAGUUAUGUGAAAAAGAUUAAGACAGAUUUGGCUUUUGAAAUGUUUGAUAGGGCGGGUGAUUACGGGCUCAAGUUGUCGGUUAAUUCGUGUAAUCAGUUGAUUAAUUUGUUGGUGAGAGAGGACAGGCAUGGGUGUGUUGAGUUUGUGUACAGGGAGAUGGUUAAGAGGAGGAUUGAGGUUAACUUGAAUACGUUUAAUGCGGUCAUCAACGGGUUAUGUAAGGCUGGGAGGCUGCAAAAGGCGGAGGAUGUGUUUGAGGAUAUGCAGGUUAGGGGGGUUAUGCCUUCGGUGGUUACGUUUAAUACGAUUAUUGGUGGGUAUUGUAAGAAGGGUGGAGCGGCCAAGAUGUAUAAAGCGGAUGCCUUUAUGAAGGAAAUGGUUAAAAGGAACAUAGUUCCGGAUAAUGUAACGUAUAAUGCUCUCAUUGAUGGGUUCUGCAAGGCGGAAAAUGUUUCUGCUGCUAUGAGUUUGUUUAAGAAAAUGCAGGUUAACGGGCUGAAACCGAAUGUGGUGACGUAUAAUUGUUUGAUCAAUGGCCUUUCUUGUUUGGGGAAACACGACGAGGCUCUUGCGUUGUGGGAUCAGAUGGUCGAGUCGGGUGUGAAGCCGAGUGUUGUUACGUAUAAUGUUGUGAUGAAUGGAUUUUCGAAGAAGAAGAUGGUAAAGAAAUGUAAAGAGGUGUUUGAUGGUAUUUUUAAGCAAGGGUUAGCUCCCAACGCGUAUACGUAUAAUACUUUGCUUAAUGCUUAUUUACAAGGUGGACUUUUGGAAGAGGCUGGUAAACUAUACAAAUCGAUGUUGGAGGGUACGGUUAGUCCCAAUGUUUCAACCUAUAAUUGCUUAAUAGCUGGAUAUAGUAGAGCGGGAGAUAUAGAGGCAGUUAAUAGACUCGUGGAUGACAUGAAAAACAGAGGUAUGAAACCUGAUAUUGUAACGUAUAAUAUACGAAUUGGUGUGCUUUGCAAAAAGGGGGAGUCACGAGAGGCGGUUAAGCUUCUAAACGAGAUGUCUCGUGAAGGUUUGGUUCCUAUUCAGUUAACGUAUAAUACAUUGAUAUCUGGUUAUUGUGAUGAAGGAAACAUAAGGGCUGCCUUAAAUGUGAUGACGCGAAUGGAAAAAGAAGGGAGGCGACCUAAUGUUGCGACGUAUAAUGUGUUGAUUAAGGCUUUUUGUGAGAAGGGUAAGCUGGAUGAAGCUAAUGAGUUUGUUAAUAAGAUGCUGGAGAAGGGUUUGGUACCGAAUCAUAUGACGUAUGAUAUUGUUAGAGAGAAAAUGAUGGAGCGAGGAUAUGUUCCUGAUAUAGAUGGGCAUCUGUAUAACUAUCCUUCUUGACCCAUACGUGACCAGUUUACAGAUGGCCCUUAUGGGUUAACAGAUUGAUUCGGGUUGUACUUUGGCUCUAAAGGGGUGAAAAUUGUUUGUUGUUUAGUCUGAUCCAACUUGUUUUGAUCCGUUACCAAACCCACCCGGCCUGCCCAUGGGUUGCCAAGGAUGGAUGGUUUUUUUAAUAGUUGGAAGCAUGGACAAUUUGAGUGUUGGUUGAUGGGUGAGCAUGGAAGUUUGAGGUUUCACCAUCUUUUAGAUUUCGCCUAUGCUUUUAGCAAAUUGAUGACGCUUUUUUUAAGUUUCAUCUGGUGAAGAUGAAACGCAUUUUCAGAUGCUGUUGGCCUGCAAUAUGAAGAUCAAAGAUACCGCAGCCCAUGAACUUACAACGAGUCCUGUUCUGUUGCUACUAAUCUACAGAUUGUUUUGUUUGAAGAAAAGUAACUUUUGUUAUACUACCAUAUCUUGUAACAAAUAAGUUGAUGAGUUUGAGCGAUAGUUGUUGUGGUUCGACGUUUUGUAUGGCUGUGCCUAAUAGUUGUGGAAAUACCUGAUCUUUAUUACACGGUUCAAUUUUUCUGUCGAUUAACUUCCUGUAACUGUGUACAUCCCAUGUUUUUUCUUCCAAUAAGAAUGGAAUACCGGUCCUUGUCCACUGCA